AUUUAGCCACCAUCUCCCAUCUACACUUUCCUCCUUCAUUUACAGGCAUGCCACAGAUAGACUUUAGUGGUAUCCAGGUUCCUGGUCCUUCUAGUGGAGCAUCAAGACCACAAGAACCUCAGAGAAACGAUGAUCCAGUUAAGCUACGUGAGAUGCUGUUAGCGAACCCACAUCAGUUGGCGCUAUUAAAAGAAAGGAACCCACCUCUUGCUGAAGCAUUACUGACAGGAGAUAUAAAGAAAUUUACUGAUGUGUUAAAGAAACAACAAAAUGAGAGGGCAGAGCGUGAGAUGGAGAGAAUACGACUUAUGAAUGCAGAUCCUUUUGAUGCUGAGGCACAACAGAAUAUUGCUGAAGAAAUUAGACUUAGAAAUGUUGAAGCCAAUAUGGAAUCUGCCAUGGAAUAUAAUCCGGAAAGUUUUGGUCAAGUAAUUAUGUUGUAUAUAGAUUGCCGAGUGAAUGGACAUCCUGUGAAGGCAUUUGUUGAUUCAGGUUAG